CACAACGCCGAUUAUGUUAGGCACCCAUUAGAAGGCUUUUACCUCUCAUCUUUCUCUUUUUAUGCUCUGUGUCUGUUCUUUCCGCUCAUCCGGUCUUUCCGAUCCAGUCGCAGAUUUGGAACUUAUACUUACCGCCCAAUAUGGAAUGCAGCAGAGUAGUAUAAGGCAAUAUCCAUUGUCCAAUAUGAUUUACUCAUCGUUGGCACCCGAGAACUCCAUGUUUUUGUUCACCCAUCAUUUUAAAUUUUUAAUAUUGACCACUUUACUAGGUACCUUUUUAGUGUCCUAGGACUUCAAACAGCUCUAACGGCCAAAAUUAUCUUUGAUGUUCUUACGCUGGACAUCGUGUCUACAAGGAUCCGCAUGAAGAGGUCUUUUGCCAAUAAAUAUCAAGCCACCAACCGUUCCUCCUCUCAUAGCCCGCUUUAACAAGUUUCAUGAUAGGAAACAUACACAGGAAAAAAUUGUUUCGAGUUACUAACCCUUCCCUUUGUCGAAUCGUAUAAAAUGCCCCUCUAUGGUCGCUGCAUAUUCCGGCGAUGCUACUUAUUACUACACUGGUCUUGGUGCUUGCGGUGCUGAAAGCAAGGAUACCGACUACAUUGUCGCCCUUUCCACUGAGCUCUACGACAAUGGAGCUCACUGCUGGCAACAUCUCACCGUUACCUACGAGGGUAAAUCAAUCGACGUCACUGUCGUAGAUGAGUGCGAGGGAUGUUCAACAUACGACAUUGACUUGUCUCCCAGUGCAUUCUCUGCGCUGGCUCCAGAGUCGGCUGGGCGUAUCCCUGUCCAGUGGACCUAUGCUUAAGUGAGGCUGCAUGCUAGUAUAUGGGUUAUAGUGUCGCAUUAGUGGAAUAAUGGUACUUUAAUAGAAUAACAAUGUGAUCAAUCGUUUUGG